ACAGUGAAACAAACAAGGAAAAGAGCUUGAAUGGUUCUUCUUUCUCACCCACCAUUUAAGACCAAACCCAAAUGCGUGUUUAGUAAGCCAUUUCCUUCAUCUUCACUCCAUCACCACGCUUAACCAAACCCUAUAUCUUCAUUCAUUACUCCUUUUGACACUCCACUGUAUUUUACACGCUUGGGACGUUUAAUCAAAGACCUAUUUCCAGAUCUGAUUGAUAUUGUCCAAUCCCAUUUCAAGUUCUGAUUUUUAUAAGAUACCCAUUUCUGUUUUCUCAUUGCCCACAGUUGUUUCCAGUCUGAUCGGAUAAUUCACUUGUGGGUUUUGAUUCCAACUGUGAAACGGAAUUGUACCUUGUUUGGGUUGAUUAUGAGAGAUUUUGUUUGUCAUUUUAUGCGAUCUGCUUGAAAACUAUAUGGGUUUUGGAUGUUGGAAUUUUGCUGUUAUUUAGAUCCGGACUUGGGAUAUUUGUAUAUGUUGUCGUUGUAGUUGGGUGUCUGUGAUUUGGUGCUUUAUUGAUGACAAUGGCAUCGGGUAAUCUGGUUUUAUCAGACAAAAUUCAGUUUCCCACUGCUGUCAGUUCUGGCGGUGGUGGUGUUGGUGGGGUCAGCGGUGGAGAGAUCCACCAGCACCACCCUCAUCAGUGGUUCGUUGAUGAGCGUGACAGCUUCAUUUCAUGGUUGCGUUGGGAAUUCGCAGCUGCCAAUGCAAUUAUUGACUCCCUCUGUCAUCAUUUGUGUAUUGUUGGUGAACCAGGGGAAUAUGAUGCAGUGUUAAAUUGCAUUCAGCAGAGGAGGUGCAAUUGGAACUCGGUGUUGCAUCUGCAACAGUUUUCUUCUGUGGCUGAAGUUACCUACGCGUUGCAGCAGGUUACUUUUAGGAGGCAACAGACACAGAGGAGUUUUGAUCAGGUGAAAGGUGGAGGUAAGGAGUUUAAGAGAACUGGAAUGGGGUUUAAACAAGUGCAGAAGUUUGAGGUAGUGAAAGAAGCACAGAAAUCUGGCGCAGAAGGUGAUGGGAAUUCUGGCAUUGUGGGUCUGGGGACAAAUGAGCCCGGGAGUGAGAAGCAGGAGUUCAAGUCUGGUGGGGAUGUGUUCAAGGUAAAAGACAAUGGUUCACCUGCUACGGAGGACAAAAAGGAUGCUACUCCAAAACCUCAAGCUGAUAUUGGCUUGAAGAAAUCGAGAAGUUUUAAAGGAUCUUUAUCUGGCAAUUUAGAAGCUGCCACUGAAGUAGUAAAUGAUGGAACCCCUUCAAGUGGUAGACAGGAUAAUGUACAAGCCGUCUCAAAUCAGAAUGAAAGGCAGAAUCGUCCUACAGUUCCUAAAACAUUUAGGGCUACAGAGGAGUUUGAGGGGAAAAUGGUUGACAUGGCAGAUGGGCUGAGAUUGUAUGAAGAACUGUUUGAUGAGAAGGAAGUUCCAAAAUUUGUUUCACUUGUAAAUGAUUUAAGAGCUGCAGGAAAAAGAGGAAAUCUUCAAGGUCAGACAUAUAUAGGCUCAAAAAGGCCCAUGAGGGGACAUGGGAGAGAGAUGAUUCAGUUUGGCCUUCCUAUUUCUGAUGCACGUCUAGAUGAUGAAAGUGCAGCUGGAAUAUCCAAAGAUCGGAGAGUAGAAGCCAUUCCUUCAAUGGUGCAAGAUGCCAUUAGUCGUUUGGUUGGCAUGCAAAUUACAACUGUGAAACCAGACUGUUGUAUCAUUGAUAUCUAUAAUGAGGGGGAUCAUUCACAGCCUCACUUGUGGCCAUCUUGGUUUGGAAAGCCAAUUUGUGUGUUGUUCCUAACGGAAUGUGACAUUACUUUUGGAAGAGUAAUUGUUGCUGAUCAUCCUGGCGAUUAUAGAGGCACUCUCAGGCUUUCUCUAGCACCCGGAUCUCUCCUUGUGAUGCAAGGAAAAUCUGCAGAGUUUGCAAAAUAUGCACUUCCAUCUAUCCGAAAACAACGCAUGCUCAUUACAUUUACCAAGUAUCAACCCAGGAAAACCAUACCAACUGACAACCAGCGACUUCCUUCACCUGCUGUUGCCCCAUCCUGCCAGUGGGGUCCAUCUAGCAGAUUACCGAAUCAUGUUCGCCAUACUGGUGGGCUCAAGCACUAUACUCCCAUUUCAGCAACUGGUGUAUUACCAGCUCCACCUAUUAGGCCGCAACUUCCUCCAAAUGGUGUUCAAUCUCUGUUCAUACCCACUCCAAUUACACCUGCAAUGCCUUUCCCCACUCCAGUUCCAGUUCCAGUUCCAGUCCCAGCUGGUUCAACCGGGUGGGCAGCUGCACCAAGACAUCCCCCACCUCGUCUCCAUGUUCCUGGCACUGGAGUUUUCUUACCUCCAUCAGGCUCUGGUAACCCAUCAUCUCCUCAACAGGCAGCAGUUGAAACAAGCUCUACCAUGGACACCAGUGCUCCAACAGAGAAAGGGAAUGACUCGGGAAAAUCCAGUCACAGUACUCCCAAAGAGGAAGUGGAUAGAAACACACAACAUCAAGACAACAAUGAAAGCAUAGAUGGAACUGUAAGAAUGAAUAAAGAACAGCAGCAAACAAACUGACUGUAGAAGCAAAGAACCGACCUAGUGCAGUUUAAAAAGAGCAAUAUUUCUCAAAGGUAAGGAUUAAUGAAGGUAGGCUGUGAAUUUCACUGAGUUUUGAAGCAAAUGUAAAGAGCGGCAACAUUACCAGGCUUUUGACAUUUCAUACAAGUAGGGAGAGAGUCAAGGGGUGGAGAAGCUCUGCAGUUUCUCUUUGCCUUCUCUUAUGUUCUCUUUUUCUUUGCUUUUUGUUGUAUGAACUCUCACCAUAGUUGGAAAACUCGAUUUAAUUCAACUGUGGCUCCUAUAUCUUGAUUAAGAGUUGUCUCGUUACCGUGUCAAACUCUUUUAUCUCCAGAAAGCUCAUUUUUAUUUCCGCGAGAAAUUGUAAACCCUG